AUGUACGUGGAGACCAUCUCCCAGGGAGCAGUUCCCUGUUUGGAGAACGCGGUGCUGGCUGUGGCCCAGAUGGAGAACCAGGCAGCGGUGGAGGAGGGGCUGAAGCUGUACCAGAGCUGCAUAGAGCCGCUGAAGACCCGGUUCCCAGUGGACAUGGACCAGAUGUCAGAACACCAACGUGCUGACCAUCAGGCCACCCAAGAGUUCAUGAACCGUUCCUUCAAAGACGAAAAUGGGGAAUUCUUGACAAUGCUGGCGACUGGUAUUACUAAGCACUAUGAGGAACUUCUAACCCAAAACGGGGAAGCCUCAGAGAAGAAGUGUCAGGAUCUGCUGAGGGAUCUCUCCGCUCCGGUCGCACAGAAGAUCCAGGACGGGUUCUUCGCCAAACCAGGUGGCUAUGAGCUUUACUGUGAUCUCCACGACAACUUGGUGGCAUUGUAUCGUUCCACACCUAACAAAGGAAUCCGGGCUGAGGAGGUACUGGAACGGUUACUGAAGGAGAAGAGUGUUGAGUCCAACUCCAUCUUACAAGCUGACCAGAAACUUACUGACAGCAAGAAGAAGAUCCAUGAGGAGAAAGAGAGAGCAGCUUUGAUGGAGCAGGAAAAGAAAGCUACAGAGAAGAAAUAUGAAGAGAUGGAGCUCAAAAUGGAGGACGAUCGCAGGAGCCAGGAGGUGAAGAUGAUGAAGAUGGAGGAGAAAAUGAAGAAGGAGUUCAGGCAACAGCAGGAGGAGUUCAACAGGGCUCAAGAUCACAAUCUGAAGGAGCAGAAGGCUCUUCUGGAGCAGGGUUUCAAGGAGAAGGCUGACUUGAUGAGGAGACAGAUGGAGCAGGCUCAGGAGAUGCAGAUGUUGAAAAAUGAAAUAGAUCGCUUGAAAAGACGGAAACCAAAAAAUUGUGUUAUUUCCUAA